GGCAGCUAGCUCGCUCUCCUCCCCACGGCGGCGAUGCGGGCGGUCCUUGCCCUGGCGGCUCUGCUGGGCAGCCUGCUCCUGUGCCUGUGCCUCGGGUGGCUCUCCGCCGAUGGCUCCGGCGGCGCGAGGGGCUGGGAGAAGGAGGUCAGGGCGACGACGGGGGGCACCCCCAGGGUGAUGCGAUCUCUCCGGGCGCCGUCGACAUCUGCCCAGCUGGAGCCUCCGUUGGCCACCAACAGAACGGCUCCCAAUCAGACUGGAAUUCAGAAGGCUGAGCAAGCCUCAAAAUGCAAAGAGUUGUGGAACAACAAUUGGUCUUCAUCUAUCAAGAAAAAAAGAUAUUCUGAAGACUAUUAUCUGCAGAUAGUUGGGAAACUACAGAAUUGUACAUGGAAGAAGAAGCCCCAAGAGUAUGCCAGAUUCAGGUCAGAGCUUGCCUCGUGCUGCGAUGCUGCUCACAACUUUAUCGCUUCUCAAAAUAACACCCCGCUGGGAAGCAACAUGAGUUAUGAAGUGGACAACAAGAAAACCAUUCACAUCACGGAGGAUAUAUUCAGGAUGCUGCCUGAGUCACAGCCCCUGGAUUACCCAUUCAAGAACUGUGCCGUGGUUGGAAAUGGGGGGAUCCUCAAGAACUCCAGCUGUGGAGCAGAAAUUGAUAAAUCCGACUUUGUAUUUAGGUGUAACCUCCCCCCGACAAUGGGAAGCAUCAGUCAAGAUGUUGGCAACAAGACAAACCUCGUGACUGUCAACCCGAGCAUCAUAGCACAGAAAUAUAACAAACUGAAUGAAAAGAAGCUCACCUUCCUGGAGAACAUUGCAAGCUAUGGUGAAGCUUUCCUUUUGCUCCCUGCCUUCUCCUUCAGGAGCAACACAGCAGCUUCUUUCAAAGUGCACCAAACUCUGAAAGAGUUCAGCGCAAAGCAGGAGGCCAUAUUUUUCUACCCCAGAUAUCUCAGAAAUCUUGCCCAGUUCUGGAGGACUAAGGGCGUCAAAGCCUAUCGGUUGUCUUCAGGCUUUAUGAUCACCAGUGCGGCUGUGGAACUGUGCGAGAACGUGAAGCUCUAUGGCUUCUGGCCUUUCUCAAAAAGCACCGAGGGCACGCCUAUCAGCCACCACUACUACGACAACCAGCUACCCAAGCCCGGCUUCCAUGCAAUGCCCAAAGAGUACAGCCAGAUUCUCCAGCUCCAUGGAAGGGGUAUCCUCAAGCUGCAGUUUGGCAAAUGUCUAACUGACUAGGCCAAGUUCCAGAGUGAUGAUUGCUAAGAGGAGAAUUUGUAUGCACCGCUGCGGUUUGGAUUUGAUCAAAUGUCAAUUUAUGAGCAUUAAAUUGUGCUACUAUAAUUCAGAAGUA